AUGGAGACAAUGAAGAUUGCUUCAUACGAUCGUGUCAGUGAGCUUAAAGAAUUCGACGAGACCAAGACAGGUGUGAAAGGACUAGUCGACGCCGGAAUUUCAGAGGUUCCACGCAUCUUCCAUCACUCAUCCGACAAUUUAGCAAACGCUAAACCACUUUCCUCUGACUUCCUACACCUCAAGACGAUCCCAACGAUUGAUCUCGGAGGACGUAUCUUCGAGGACGCGAUUACCCGCAAGAAGGCGAUUAAAGAAAUUAAAGAUGCAGCAGAGAAAUGGGGUUUCUUCCAAGUGAUCAACCAUGGAGUUUCACUCGAUCUUCUUGAGAAGAUGAAAGAUGGAGUUCGUGGGUUUCAUGAACAAUCACCAGAAGUUAGGAAACAUUACUACGGUCGAGAUUUCAGCAGAAAGUUUGUGUAUUUAAGUAAUUUCGAUCUCUUCAGUUCUCCAGCUGCAAACUGGAGAGACACUUUCUCUUGUUACAUGGCUCCGGAUCCUCCAAAUCCACAAGACUUGCCAGCUAUUUGUAGGGAUGUUAUGAUUGAAUACACAAAGGAAGUGAUGAAUUUAGGGGAAUUUCUUUUUGAGCUUUUAUCAGAAGCUCUAGGGUUAAACCCUAAUCACCUCAAGGACAUGGAUUGCUUAAAGGGUUUGCUCAUGCUUAGCCAUUACUACCCACCGUGUCCAGAGCCUGACCUAACUUUAGGCACAAGUCAACACUCGGACAACUCUUUUCUUACCGUUCUUCUUCCAGAUCAGAUUGAAGGGCUUCAAGUUCACCGUGAAGGGUACUGGUUCGAUGUUCCUCCCGUUCCCGGUGCACUCAUCAUCAACAUCGGAGAUCUUCUACAGCUUAUAACAAACGACAAGUUUAUCAGUUUGGACCAUAGAGUACUGGCGAACAGAGCCACAAGAGCUCGAGUCUCUGUUGCAUGUUUCUUCACCACCGGCAUGAGACCGAAUCCUAGAAUGUAUGGACCCAUGAGAGAGAUUGUGUCUGAAGAAAAUCCUCCAAAGUACAGAGAGACCACCAUUAAGGACUACGCUACUUACUUCAAUGCCAAAGGACUUGACGGAACCUCUGCUUUGCUCCAUUUUAAAAUAUGA